UUCAGCCCUAGUUUAAUUUCGACCUCCGCAAAGGACGGAACCUAUUAUACACUACCGGUUGUUAGUUUAGAAUGUGACAUCGCGUUCGAGUCCGGAAGAUACCCAAAUAUGGCGAAAACCAAGUGGAACAUACUCUUCGCAGCUUUCGUCCUGUCGUGCCUCUCGUUGGCUACUCUCAUCGUGGCGUUUUGCACUCCGUACUGGAUUAUCUCGGAAGCGAGCGAACGGACAGCCUACAAGAACAGUGACAUACAGUAUGGGCUAUUUACUGGAUCACUAACCCGGAAUGUUUUGGCCACUCCGAUAACGUACGACCUUACAGUUAUCUGUCUGUACGAACAGAAUGUAUGUGUCUACAGCUGCCAAACCGAGGAAGCGAAACGAGAAUCGGAAGUGCUGGCACUUCUGGCUGGUGAGAAGCCAGCUGAAUGUCCCAUAGCAGGCGCCAAGACUUCAUUCAGGAUCACAGACCAGACCUCGGGAAGAGUCGCAUCCAAGGAUAACUUUAUCAAUGCAGGCCUCUGGUUGGCCACGGUACUAUUUCUAGCGAUUUCCACCACGUUUGCGGGCGCUUCGGCCAGCUUUGCCAUCAUCAACGUGCUGUUCAACCCGGUGGAACCGAUCUUCAGUGUGUUUGGGCUGUACAUUUGGAACGGGAUCGUCAUUGGGGGGACCGUGCUGACCAUGAGCAUGUGGGGUGCACUGUACGGAUCGUACCUCAGCGAUAACAUUGCCAUUACGGACACGUUGACGCCGGAAGCACCGUACAGUUCGGAAAAUCUGGCCUCGCUGGGAGCGAGCUAUUGGGUGUUGUUCAUUCCACUUCUGUUACACGGUAGCAAUAUUGGACUAUUGCUGUGGAGGCAAUACGAAAUCAAUAAGGAACCGCCACCGACGACGAUAGACGUGGAUAAGUCGGACCUGACGAUCAUUAUGUAUUAGUAGAAAAAAGCUAGAUGUGUAGACCUGUUUUAAAUGUUAUUCAAAUGUGAUUUUAUUGUAACUGGAUGAAAUAUGAAAAUAAAACAACAGUUUGAAUUUUAACAAAAA